AUGGCGGAACACAACUACAAAUUCAACGUGACUAUGACCUGCGGCGGCUGCUCGGGCGCGGUGGAAAGAGUGCUCAAGAAGCUCGAUGGCGUCAAGUCCUACGAUGUGUCUCUCGAUACCCAAACAGUGACUGUACAGACCGAGGAGAGCGUGACUUAUGCGACUGUGCUGGAGAAGAUCAAGAAGACGGGCAAGGCGGUGAACUCUGGUGAGGCGGACGGCCAACAUCAGUCGGUAUGA